AUGGACCAAGAAACCCUCGCAGCGCGCGCUGCUAAAUCCCGGAAGCGACCACAAUCCCGAGCUUCCACUGCCUCCGUUCACAGUGUCACGACUCAACACAACAUGGACGGCUCUGGCUUCACCGAUGCCGCCGCCAUGUAUGGUGGCCAGUGGAUGCAUAACGAGCACCCCCACCCCAAAGACAUGUCUGCUCCGCAAAUGUCCCCCGAGGACAUGAUUCUUCAAGCUGCAACGCACAUGCAGUCGGCCAACCAUGACUUUUCCAUGGACGGUUCCAUGGCUGCGCAUAUGCACCACAUGGCUUAUCAGCACCAACAUACUCACGGGAUACCCAGAAAUCCCCUCCCUGCCGACCACUUUGGGCCCAAUGCCAGCUUUACCGAAGGCGACAGCCAGAUGCUCGAUCGUGACGAUGGUGAUGAUGCCGACCCCAUGGCUCUCGCGGCUGGCGUGCCCAAGCCCGCUCGAUCGAGCGCAAACAACGAGCUUGAGAUGCGGCAGCUCUUUAGUGCCAACAGACAUCGGGGUCUACAAGAUGUUGCCUCGGAACUUCAUGGCAACGAGCGCGGCCCCAACUCGGAGAGGACUCGCCAGGUGUUUGCCAUGCUUUGGAUUAAUUCUGUCUGUACCAAGGGCAAAGGCUCCGUACCCCGCGGCCGAGUCUACGCAAACUAUGCUUCCCGUUGCGCAACCGAGAGAAUCACGGUUCUGAACCCCGCCAGCUUCGGAAAACUCGUCCGCGUCUUAUUCCCGGGGCUCAAGACUCGUCGUCUAGGUGUUCGCGGAGAGUCCAAAUAUCACUACGUAAAUUUCGCUCUUGCUGAGGACCAGCUCGACCUGAUCGAAGUUCCCCAACCCCCUCGAGCCCUUCCCGAAGCCAAGAGCUUCCCCCAGAUUCAAAACACGGUGUCACAGCCAUCGACCAUUUCGAAACGUGGGGAAAUGCUUUCGCAACCUUCAGAGGAGCUCCAAAAGAAGCAGACGAUCACCCAGGUUGCCGAUAGAUCGCACAGCUUAUACAACCACCCGGACCUCGCCAGCAUUGACAACAUUCAAUCCACUUCAACCAAGACCCGUUUGGAGCUUGAAUUCCCUCCCAUGAACCAAGAUGACUUUGAGCAGUCUGAAGCCCUCGGCCUUCCUGUCAUCGAGGCAUUCCUUCCUCAGGGAACCGACCCCGACGCCGCCAAAUCGCUCUCCGCACUGUACAGAUCUCACUGCACCUCUCUUGUCGAAUGUAUUCGAUACUGCAGGGAAAAGACCUUCUUUCACCUUUAUACAUCGUUCCAGGGCACACUUACUAUGCCCGUACAGAAGCUGUUUAGCCAUGAGGCGAUUGCCCCUUGGAUUGAGGGUUGCGACUAUGUUCUAUAUCAACGCAUGAUGCGCAUUAUCUCUGGUUUGACCUUGCAGGUGGUGCCUAAGCCAGUCCUUGAUACUUUGAGAAAUAUCUCGGAACGUAUUGUGCCACACAUUCGUGAAUCUUUCCAGGGUCAACCACAGCACGUUAUUUCCGCCAAGGAGGCGCCUGCUGCUCUCUUUGCUGGUCUGAUUGACCGCGCUCUACGAGUCAACUUGACAGCCCACGCUGCCGCCAACAUGCUUUCCAACCCUGCCAACCGCGACCAGAUGUAUGUUGAUUGGAUCACCAUGAUACGCGCUCGCAAGGUGGCGGAGUGUGUGCCCACACGCGGCAUGGACGAUGUUGUCGACUUGCUUGUUCACGAAAUGCGUGAUCUCUUGGAUCCUGUGAACGUCCCUUGGGAGGUUGAGGUGCUCACUAUCUAUGGUGACGCGGCUAGCCGCAACCCUCGUCAAGAGAACGAGGGUGGAGCAGCUUCCACAGGUCAGAACGUGUUGGAUAGAUGGGUCAACUUCCUGAGAGUACUACCAUCCAAGUUUCCCUACGCAUCUCAUGCCGAUAUUGUGUGGUGUGUAGAGCGUGUCGGCACCGCCGUGAUGCGCGACUUCACACUAUCACAAGGCAAGAGCUUCGGGUCAUGGUGGGUAACAAAGACGUGGGUUGAUGAAAUGGUGUGUUUCAUUGCGGAGCAGGGAGGCUUCAUGAAGCAGAAGGCUUCCCCUAGCGCUCAUGCUAUCCCAAACGCCGGGGCAGCUGGCACGGAGGCCAGCUGCCAGAACUCUCGAUACAGUCACGCCAGUGAAGAACUAAACCUGUCGCAAUCGCAGCCCGGCCGUGCGCCGUUCCCUCCGCCUGCGAAUAAUGGCGCAAAUGGCAAGACCAUUAGCGCAUUGUCUCAACCGCCAGCAGACAACGACGCGCACGACGACAGCGGAAUCGGCAUCCGAACACCAGAGGAGGACUUUCCUAUGCACAAAUUCACAUUUGCCGAAUCUGAAGCACCGACAUUGAUGGGGGCCGGCGAGCUUACAGCCUAG